ACCCUAGGGUUAGGGUUUUUGGCGAAGCUGUGGUCUCUGAGGAAGUAGAAGAAGAAGAACAACAGCUUCCGAAAAUCUCUCUCCUUUCUCUUCAAACAGCCAAGCAGAGCCAGCAUUUAACUGAACCACACCAUGCAAUCCAACGAACCAGCCACUUCCAUGGAGGUUGAAAAUGUUUUAUCGGAACCAAAUCCCACAUCUGGGACUUUUCCAUCAAAGCCAAAGUUUGAGCCUCUAAAGGCUCAUGAGAUAUCUGAAGGCCGAGUUCAGUUUCGGAAGGUCUCCGUUCCACCCCAUCGAUAUACUCCUCUGAAGAAAGCAUGGAUGGAAAUCUAUACACCAAUAUAUGAGCAGAUGAAAAUAGACAUUCGAAUGAAUCUCAAAGCUCGCAAAGUUGAAUUGAAAACCAGGGCAGACACUCCUGACAUUAGCAACUUGCAGAAGUGCACUGAUUUUGUCCAUGCUUUUAUGCUAGGGUUUGGUGUGGUAGAUGCCAUUGCCCUCUUGCGUCUGGAUGAGCUUUACGUAGAAUCUUUUGAGAUCAAAGAUGUUAAAACUCUUCGAGGUGAGCACCUGUCUCGUGCCAUAGGAAGACUGUCUGGUAAAGGAGGCAAAACAAAGUUUGCAAUUGAGAAUGCUACAAGGACGAGGAUUGUAAUUGCGGACACCAAGAUUCACAUAUUAGGAUCUUUUUCCAACAUUAAAAUUGCAAGAGAUUCUCUUUGUAGCCUCAUUUUAGGGUCCCCUGCUGGAAAGGUAUAUUCAAAACUCAGAGCAGUUACUGCUAGACUUGCAGAAAGGUUUUGAGCUUUGCAUUUUUGCUGGUUACUGGUAGACAUGCAAAAAGGUUUUGUGCUUUCAUUUUUGCUGUUGUAUCGAGUCAUCAAUUUUGGAUAGUUUGCUUUAAGAUCAAAGGCAGUGAGCUCAGGGGGAAAUUUUCUGCAGUUGGCUGUUCAACGCAUUCAUUUUUCAGGUGUCUGCUUGUAUUCCAGGGGUUGGAUGCAGGUGGAUAUCUGCUUUUAAGGACUUUGAUUUUCUCAAGCCUUUUUACUAUAUGUUUUUGUUAACAUCACGUGUCUUGCAUAGGCAUGGUUGAAUUAAUUUUGGAUUGGAUAGGAGUUUCUCGAGUCUUGAGCUUUCAUCUCUAAUGUAUAAUUGAACAACAGUUUUCUGGCAAAUUAAUACCAAAUGUACUUCAUUUUAGUUUA